AUGGCGUGCGCGGCGACCAUCCUGCGCCGGCUGGCCCAACCGAGGGAGUUGCCGCGCCGCGCUUCGGUCCGGCCAUCAUCGUUUCUUGCCUUGCAGCGGCGUGCUGCAAGCUCAAUAGGGCAGGCAGCGGCUUCUGCGGGCGGUGAGAGACUUCGGUCCUCCGAUAAUAAUGACGAAGUGGCUCUACUGUUUUGUGAGUGUUUCAAGGGCAUGGAGGAGCUUUUGGUGCGGCGUCCCGGUCACCCAGAGCGGCGGCCUAUGACCUCGCCGCUUUUCACCACACCAGCUGGGAUCAAGUCUUCCGCCUCUCUGUCAUCAAGCGGCGGUGGGAGGCCCGUGCGUUCGGUGACUAGUGCCAGGUCGCUCUUCCCCAGCACAGACGACCUCUUCCCUGACCUCCGUGCGCCCGGCAUGCAACGAGCAAAGACGUCCUUCUUCCCCGUGUCUGGCACGUUGGAACCCAAACAGGCGGGGGCAGACUUAGAUGGGAACAACGGCAAUAACAGCAAACAGGCGCAGACACAGUCUCCUUCUUUGGGACGGUCGACGACAUCUUCGGAAGGUCAACAGAUGCCCGCAGAUAAGUCCGCGACAGCAACGACAGACGCCCAUGCCGAUGCCCAGAGCUAUGUGUACGCGUAUGGUUUGUGGCAAAACCGAAACGCGGGUCUUCUACAGAUGGAGGCGGACAUGCAAGAGAUGGCAAGUAAGGCACGCUACCUGCGCGGUGUGCAGGACGCGGCGCUCAAGGAAACCAUGAGGCAAACAACACGGUUUACUUUCUACGUGGUCUUCCCCUUUGUAUUCCUGGUGUGCGCCCUUCUCUUCAAUGAAUCCGCGCUUUACAGUUCGCAGCUUCAACACUUGUGCCUGAUUAACUACGACGCAUGGCUGGCAAGCAAAGAGCAAAACGGCAGCAGAAAGGGAGGCUUUGCCAGCGGUGGUAGUGGUGGUGGCGCACUAGGCAGAUCCAAGCAGGGGAGGUGA